GCGGCCUCACGCUGCUGCCUCUCCGAGCUCGGACCCUCACUGCGUGUCUGUGGGUCCUGGGGCGUUCGUUCAAACUCCUGGUGAAAGCUUCCUCGCACCGGCUCCGAGAUCGGCCGGGCUCGGGGUCCCGACCACGGCACAGAUGGUGCUGUGGUCUGUUGUGUCACCAGAGAUUGCUGAUGUUUGUGGGCAGUAACAUCAUGGCGUUACGUGGUGCUGUACCCUGGUGAAGUGUUGCUGGUUGAAGGCUUGUCCUGAUGUCGUGGUUAAUGAUCGGAGUCCUGAUGCUUCUACUGGAAGUCCCCCUGUUCCUUUCCAACACCCAGUCGAAGGACUUGGCUCGCUGGCACCGGCCUCGGCGUGUGGAGACAGCAUCUCAGAGGAAGAACCUUCUGUCCUUCCUGGGCGCCAAUGCCACUCGCAAGGUUCCACAGGCAAUUAUCAUCGGAGUUCGGAAAGGGGGAACUCGAGCUCUGUUGGAGAUGAUAAACCUGCACCCUGACGUUGUGGUGGCCAGGGCAGAGGUCCACUUCUUUGACUGGGAUGAGAAUUACCAGAAGGGCUUCGACUGGUACCGAGAGCAGAUGCCAGUGUCUCUGCCCCACCAACUUACAGUGGAGAAAACCCCCGGUUACUUCACCGCGUGGAAGGCUGCUGAGAGAAUCCAUGACAUGAGCAACUUGACCAGGCUGCUACUCAUCGUUCGAGAUCCUGCAGAACGCGUCAUUUCUGACUACACCCAAGUGUUGUACAAUAGAAAGGAACGUCGCAAGUGGUACCAGCCUGUUGAAGAAAUUCUAGUGCAGAAUGGGAAACUAAACGCCAAGUACAAGGCCGUCCAGCGCAGCCUGUACGAUGUCCACAUGGCAAGCUGGCUGAGACUAUUCCCAUUGCACCAAAUCCACCUCGUGGACGGAGAUGUUUUGAUCAAGGAUCCACUGUCACAGCUGCAGGAAGUGGAGAGGUUUCUCCAGCUUCCCCCUCGAAUCAAAGCCUCCAACUUCUAUUUCAACCAGACCAAAGGUUUCUACUGUAUGCACACUGCAGGACGCGAGAGGUGCCUGGAUCAGUCCAAAGGGCGGCCCCACCCUCUGGUGAAUCGAACUGUGCUGUGGCAACUCUGCCAUUACUUUGGAGAACACAACAAGAACUUCUUCAGAAUGGUGGGGAGGACAUUUAACUGGUGCUGAAGAAUCCCAGAGGAAUUUAUUUCAAAUCCAGCGUCAGUACCACUGCACUGUUAUUACACUUACUAACUAUGCCUGAUAAACGAUUAGGGGCAGCACGGUGGCAUAGCGGUUAGCACAACGCUAUUACAGCACCAGUGACCUGGGUUCAAUUCCCGCUGCUGUCUGUAAGGAGUUUGUACGUUCUCCCCGUGUGUCUACGUGGGUUUCCUCUGGGUGCUCCGGUUUCCUCCCACAUUCCAAAGACGUACACAUUAGGAGCCGUGGGCAUGCUAUGUUGGCGGCGGAAGCGUGGCGACACUUGCGGGCUGCCCCCAGCACAUUCUUAGCAACGCAAAAAGACGCAUUUCACUGUGUGUUUCGAUGUACAUGUGACUAAUAAAUAAAUAUCUUAAAUGGGGCACAACACAGACCCUGGCAGACCACAAAGCAUCUCCUCUCAACAUCAGACCCUAGGCGGGAUGUUGGGCACUAUUUAUUACAUACUUUUAUCAGGGAAACCCUGAGUCUGAUCUUUACAAACUUUUCUAAGAAGACUAUUCGCAAAUUUUGUAGAAUAUAAGUGGUAAAACACUUCCAAUGAAUGAAGAAUGAAAGGCAAUUUCAUUAACAGAAAUAAAACCAUUACUUAGUAAAACGUAAUGAUCCAAUCAUCUUGAAACUUUCUGAAUACUUCAGUUGUUAUUUUGAUUGCUGUGUAGUUGCUGGUAUCUUAGCUGCAGGCUGUUCACGUUGUAAUUACAUUGGGACA